GUCAGCGGUUGGUCGUCGUUGCUCAUCAAAUGCCCAAGUCUAAGCGUAACCAAGUCGUUAACCUCACUAAGGUCACCAAGCGUCAGACUCGAGUUAAGAAGGAUAAAGCCAUUGAGGAGAUCCGGGAAUGCCUCGAAAAGUUCAGAUUCGCCUACGUCCUGAAGCUGGAGAAUCAGCGCAACAACCUCUUGAAGGGCCUCAGAGAUGAUCUUAAACCUGGCCGAUUAUUCUGCGGGAGGAAUAAGGUCAUGCAAGUUGCCUUGGGAGUGGACCCGGAGUCGGAGUGCCAAGAAGGCAUCCAUGCUUUAUCCGAGCAUAUCAGUGGUGAAGUCGGCCUGCUGUUAACCGACAUGACCGCUGAUCAGCUCUCAGAUAUCUUGGUUAACCACGAGCAGUCCAACUUCGCCAGAAGUGGAUGUGUGUCUACUGCCGAUAUCACUUUGGAGGCUGGCGACGAUGCUCUGUCGCGCUUUCCUCACAGUCAAGAGCCCUUCCUGCGUAAACUCGGCCUACCGACUCUUCUCGUUAACGGCAAGAUCCGUUUAAUGGGUGAUUAUGAAGUGUGCAAAACUGGCAAGGCAUUGACUCCAGAACAGUGUCAACUAGUGAAGCUCCUCGGCAUACCCAUGGCGAUCUUCCGUGUUACGAUCAUCGCUCAAUGGUCCAAAGAGGACAGCCAAUGUACCAUCUACGAGGAGCAGCAGGAAGGAGGCAUGGAGGUUGACGAUGCUCUAUCCGCUCCUCCACCAGUAGAGACAGUAGCUGCCUAAUACGCUGUCCCUCCCACGUCCUUACUGUUACUACGUUGUUGUAUAUUAUCGGGCAGUGAUGAUGUAACCACCCAUCCACCCGAUGAUCACCGCUUUCUACA